AUGCAGAUUGCCUGGUGCAGUGAGGAUAAGCCGUUUGCCGUUGGGUACGCCGAUGGGAAGCUGCUCAUUGGGUCCAAAGAGCCUCUGGAGAAAGAAGCCAUCGUGGUCAUCGACGCUCAUAAGGAGUCCAUCACCAGUAUGAAGUGGAGUCCAAAUGGUCAGUUGCUGCUGACUUGUGCCAAAGAGGAGACGGUUAAGCUGUGGGGUGCAGAUCACAACUCAGGCUCCAGGUGGCGCUGUGUUCAGAGCAUCAGGAACCCGUCCGUGGUGAACGGCAUUUCUUGGUGUGGUCUGCCCGGACGAGCCCCCAAGGCCCUCGCCAUGUUCGCUGUAUGUUGCCAAAACGGUCUGGUGUCGGUCUGGACUGUCCCUCAGGAGAUCGCUGACUUCCCAGAGUCAAUGAGUGGUGUGGACGGAUGGUGGGAGAGGGAGAACAAACCUAAACACAGAUGCUCUGGCAGGACAGAGGAGACAGCUGUGUGUGUGUUUCAGCUGAAGGGCCAUAUCACUCCUGUUCGCACUGUGGCUUUCAGUCCAAACGGUUUAGCGCUGGCGUCUGGAGGACUGGGAGGCCUCAUGAAUAUAUGGUCCCUGCGAGACGGGUCAGUACUGCAGACGGUGGUAGCCGGCUCGGGGGCCAUCCAGAACAUUGUGUGGGUCCCAGAUGUGGGCGUAGCCGUCUGCUCCAACAGGUCAAAGGAUGUUCUGGUGGUGAACUGUUCCAAAGAGUUCAUGUCUUCUCACCAUGUGUUGGCCACGUGCCGCUCAGCCCUGAAGCGGCAGGGCAUGGUCGGCCUCAACAUGGCACCUUGUAUGAGGGCUUUCCUGGAGCGUCUGCCUGUCAUGCUGCAGGAGCAAUACGCCUACGAGAAGCCUCACGUGGUGUGUGGGGAGCAGCUCAUCCACAGCCCGUACAUGCAGUGUCUGGCCUCUCUGGCCGUUGGGCUUCACCUGGACUCCAUCCUCUGUCGCCCCCCCGUGCCCCCGCACCUGGCCCACUGCCCCCUGGAGUCCGGGCUGGCCGUGUGGACUGCGAACGAGUGGGCCUGGCUCGACUGCUUCUCUACCACCGUGAAGGCGGCGGAGGCUCUAGCCAGAGGACUCACUUUCCCAGAAUGCUUCACUGUUCCUGACCUGGAGCCACUGUCCAAAGAGGAGAUGGCUCUGCUGAUGGACAACAGUAAGUGGAGCUCUGGGAUGGAUGAGCAAAUCAUGUCCUGGGCCACUUCCAGACCAGAGGACUGGCACCUCGGGGGGAAGUGUGACGCAUACCUGUGGGGAGCGGGACGACACGGGCAGCUCGCCGAAGCCGGGAGGAACAUCCUAGUGCCCACUAUAGCACCGUCUUUCUCUCAGGCACAGCAGGUACAAGCACUGAGGAUGUCGUCCUACACACCACUUUAA